UUCAUUUGCUAAAGCUCGUCGCGCAUACUGACAGGUAGCUACGAUCGAUUAUUCGUUUAAUUUCAGAAACACGUACAAAGAAAAUGUCCACACUGAUUAGCAGGAGGAUGAAACUUAAAGUAGCCGUAUUCUCUGGAGAGUUAUUCGUAGCUCAACGCGUGUGUCAUCACUUUUAACGAGUUCAUGACAAAUGUGUCCUCGCCACCGGCUCCAGGCUGCCAGCUAGCUGCUAGCUGCUAACGUUGAGCUUUCUUCAGCAGGUUCAUAUAUUAUGAUUCAGCGUUAUCGUGGUAGCUGUGAUCUUUUAACUGUUACUAUACGGCCCUGUCAGUUUUACCUUGGUGCACGACUGACUGACUGUCAGGUCAACAACAUUGCUGACAACCAGCUAGAGUUAGUCAGCUUUAUCAGUGAGUUAGCCGUUUAGCUUACAGCAGGGCGUUUCAUAUCUUUUUGUAAUCGCUGUCUGUACUUUUAUGUGUUUUGAUAGGUAUAGUCGUUAUCUCUCAGACAGUUUAAUUCCCCCCUCUUCCCCUCCCGGCAUGGCUGCAGACUCGAUGGAGAUUGACGACUCUCUUUACAGCCGCCAGCGAUAUGUGCUGGGAGACAGUGCUAUGCACCAGAUGGCCCAGUCCUCAGUCUUUCUCAGUGGAAUGGGAGGACUGGGAAUUGAAAUAGCAAAGAAUAUUGUCCUGGCUGGUGUGAAGGCAGUCACCCUUCAUGACCCGAAGCAAUGUGAGACCUGGGAUCUGGGCUCCAACUUCUUUAUCCGCAAAGAGGAUGUGUUGAGCCAGAGAAGGAGGGUGGAGGCAGUGUGUCCUCGGGUUGCAGAGCUGAACCCUUAUGUCCAUGUCGACAUGUCUUCCUCUGCUAUGGACGACAACACUGAUCUCAGCUUUCUCAGAGAGUAUCAGUGUGUGAUUCUGACUGAAACCAGAUUAAGCCUACAGAAGAGAGUGAAUGAGUUCUGCCACUCACAACAACCCCCCAUCAGAUUCAUUGGCUGUGAUGCAUAUGGCAUCUGUGUGCGGGUGUUUUGUGACUUUGGAGAGGAGUUUGAGGUGUCGGAUCCCACAGGAGAGGAACCCAAGGAGACUUUCAUCCAAACUAUCACUCAGGACAACCCUGGAGUGGUGACCUGCAUGGACAACCAACCGCAUGGCCUACAAACAGGCCAGAGUGUCGUUUUCAGAGAGGUCAAUGGCAUGGUGGAACUCAACGGCACCGCGCGGCAGGUUUCAGUCCUGUCCCCUCACAGUUUUGCAAUAGGAGACACAUCCCAACUACAACCAUAUGCACAUGGAGGUUUCUUUGUCCUGAUGAAAACCCCUAAGACAUACAGAUUUGAGACAAUAGAGAGACAGCUGUGUGACCCUCAGGUGCUGACUCCAGACUUCAGUAAACCAGAGGCCCCUCUCCAGAUCCAUGCAGCCAUGUUGGCUCUAGACACCUUCCAGGAGCAGCACAGUAGACUUCCCAACAUUGGGUGUUUACAGGAUGCUGAGGUUUUACUGAAGCUAACCGAAGAAGUGAAUGCAACUCUCAGGAACAAAGCUUCUGUGAAUCCAGAGUUGGUGCGCUGUUUGUCGAGAACAGCGAGGGGAACUCUUCCUCCGUUAGCAGCCGCUGUAGGAGGUCUAGCCAGCCAGGAAGUUCUUAAGGCCAUCACAGGGAAGUUUGCACCACUGCAGCAAUGGUUUUAUCUUGAUGCCAUCGAGGUAGUCAAGCCACUUCAGUCUGUUUCCGCUGAGGAGUUUUUCCCAAGGGGAGACCGGUAUGAUGGAUUACGAGCUUGCAUUGGUGAAUCAAUGUGUCUAGAACUGCACAAGCUCAGGGUCUUCAUGGUGGGCUGUGGUGCCAUUGGCUGCGAGAUGCUGAAAAACUUUGCCCUGCUUGGAGUGGGGUUGGCCAAGAGCUCAGGAGAGGUAUGCAUCACAGACCCAGACCUUAUAGAAAAAUCCAACCUCAAUCGUCAGUUUCUCUUCAGACCACAUCAUAUACAGAAACCGAAGAGUACCACAGCAGCAGAAGCCACUCACGAUAUCAACCCAGACCUGCACGUGGAUGCUCAUCUUAACAAGGUGUGUCCGGCUACUGAGAGCAUCUACAAUGACUCAUUCUAUUCCCGCCUGAACCUUGUGGUCACUGCGCUGGACAACGUGGAGGCUCGGAGAUAUGUGGACAGCCGGUGUGUAUCCAACCAGAGACCUCUACUGGACUCUGGCACCAUGGGAACUAAAGGACACACAGAAAUCAUUGUGCCAAAUUUGACAGAGUCCUACAAUAGCCAUAGGGACCCCCCAGAAGAGGAGAUCCCAUUCUGCACUCUGAAGUCUUUCCCUUCUGUCAUAGAGCACACCAUUCAAUGGGCCAGAGACAAGUUUGAGAAUGCGUUUGUCCACAAGCCCUCCAUGUACAACUCGUUUUGGCAGACCCACCCCUCGGCUGAAGUUGUGCUACAGAGGAUGCAGGCAGGGGAAAGUCUGGAGGGGUCAUUCCAGGUCAUCAAGCUGCUGAGCAGGCGGCCAAGCCAGUGGGAACAGUGCAUCACUGUUGCUCGUCUGAAAUUCGAAAAGUAUUUCAAGAGAAAGGCCCUACAACUCUUGCACUCUUUCCCCCUGGACACAAGGUUAAAAGAUGGAAGUUUGUUUUGGCAGUCCCCGAAAAGACCUCCAGCACCUUUAGAUUUUGACUUGAAAGAUUCUUUGCACUUCACUUUCAUUGUCAGCACUGCCCGGCUCUUCGCAGGGAUUUAUAAUAUCCCUUACUCAGAAAAGGAUCUUUCUGAAGAGGCGGUGACCAGGAUUCUCUCAGAUGUCAAUAUUCCUGAGUACAGGCCCUCAGAGAAAUCUAUAGUGACGGACGAAUCGGCCAAGAAGCCUGAUCAGAUAAAGAUGCCUCUCAGCAGUGAAGAGGAGAGGGAGGCCAUCACACAGCUGGAGCAGGCCAUUGCUACUGACAGUGUCACAGCAGAGAGGUUACAGUUGAGUCCACUGCAGUUUGAAAAGGACGAUGACAGCAACGGUCACAUAGACUUUGUCGCAUCAGCAUCUGCUCUCAGAGCCAGGAUGUACUCCAUCGAGCCAGCCGACAGACUCAAGACCAAACGCAUCGCCGGCAAGAUCAUACCCGCUAUUGCCACGGCAACAGCUGCUGUGGCUGGACUGGUGGCCCUCGAGUUGAUCAAGGUGGUUGGAGCCUACGAGUUUGAAUCUUUCAAAAACUGCUUCUUUAACUUGGCCAUCCCUGUAGUGGUGCUCACUGAGCCUGCCACGGUUAAAAGGACACGGAUCAGGGACAACAUCUAUUUCUCCAUCUGGGACUGUUGGACUAUCUUUGGCCAUGAGGACUUCACUCUCUCGGACUUCAUGAAUGCAGUCAGGGAAAAGUAUGGAAUUGAACCCACUAUGGUUGUCCAUGGUGUGAAGAUGCUGUAUGUGCCUGUGAUGCCUGGACACUCAAAGAGACUCAAACUAACGAUGCAGAAGCUGAUCAAGCCAUCAGUGGACCGCCGCUACGUUGACCUCACUGUGUCAUUUGCUCCAGAAGCAGAUGGAGACGAUGACCUCCCCGGUCCUCCAGUCAGGUACUACUUCAGCCGCAACGGAGAGACGCCCUGACACCUUCCUAUAUGUCGUCCUCAAACCUCUUGUGUCCUUACUUCCCUUCUUUCAUGUAAAUUGUUAUAUCCUAAUAACCUAGGCCAGGGCCAAGAGCUUUUCCCCCCAGGAUGUUAUCUGACAAGGGCAAAGCUCCUGGCCUCAGCUCCCUCCCCCCCGUGAUUCAUGGAGCAAGGAAAGGCCAGUCCUGGUCCCAGUUUUUCUUGCUCCAGAUCUAGCCAGUGGAACACGAGGCUGCUUGAGUAGCACUUAACUGUACCUGUGUACAUAUAUUUUCUGUUUUCUACUCUGGUGAAAUGCACAGUUCUGCCUGUGUCAAUGCCUUAAUUGAUUAAUAACCUUUUUCUGUUUGUGGCAGUGAGUCUGACUAAAAAAACUAUGUUUACAGAAACCUGCAUACCCCCAACACAUUAGUCUAAUUUCUGUAUGAGUCUGCUAGGCCCUAAAGGGGACGGUGUGGUGAAGUGGAUUUGUAGUUGGAAGGCAUCACUUCUUCUUCAGAGUCCUCUCAUUGGCUUUGAAAUUGCCAACCACAGAAUUUGCCAGUUGUUGGUCACCUCCCCUUGUAUAAACGACUGAAGCCAAUAUUUGUUGUAUAAUUUAGAGGUGCAAAAAGGUCAGUGGACAACGGCGAAAACCACCAAAGAUACUGAUUAUCAUUGUGUGUGCAGAUGAUUGUUCUCUUAUGAUCAUUUUGGCUGCCUCAUAAAAACACAUUUAUAUCAUGGGGUAUGGGUAAUACCCAAACAUUAAAGAGCAACACAGCAGCAGCGUCUUGAUGGGCUUCAUCACGUCAACAUCACUGUCCUAUUGAUGAGCAUCAACACUUCAAACGAACAGUCAUUUUAUCACAUUACUCUGUGUAAUGACAGCACUGACAUAAGUUAACACCUUUUGGAUAAACAAUAUGUCCAUUAGAUUAAGUAGUGGCAUGAGUUCAACGGCUAUUUCACACAAAAAAGGCCUUUUUUGACAUCUGUACCAACAUCUGCGAUCACACUCCUACUGUUUUAAAACAUCUUUUUUGUUUGUUUGUUUUUUAAAGAAGGAAAAAAAAGUCUUGUUCAUCAAAAGCUGUUCAUGAUUUAUUUGUUGUAUUUGUUUAUGGAUGUGUGUCCAUGACAUGUAUUUAUUUACUUGUUACUCAUUUUUGUCACUUUUUUGUGUCAAACUGAGCCUGUGUUGAUGAACUCUGUUGAGUCAUGGUGCACUGGUUAAUUGUGAAUCAGUAAUGAGAAAAGGUCACCCUAAAAAGGUGUUUAUCCAGGUGUGUAAAUCCCCCUUUUAUUAAGUUCAAGUUGAAGGUUGUGAAGAGGGUCACUGAAAUAGUCUGCAUUGGCUUAUAUUGGCAAUAUUGAAUGGAAUCAUUUAAAAAUCUUACUUUUUGUAUUGAGGUUAUUGAGGUCCACCUGCAGAGCACUAACAGGUCAUCAUCUAUGUCUUCAAAAUAAUUACGACUAAAGUCACACAUACACACACAAAAUGCUUCUUGGACGACAUUUAUUUUUCUCCCCAUAACCAGAGGUGGUGAUUUUCGCUUUGCACAGAAAAUGUCUAUCAUAGUGACAACACUUCUUGUGCAGUGAAUGUCAUAAGUGUAAAAUAAAACGUUAACGAGUGACAAUGAUAAUGAUGUAUGUUCUUGUGACAGCCAACCAAUCAACCAACGGUCCAAUAAAAUGUGAGAUUUCAGGAUGUCCUCAAGACUAAA